UCAAACUUCAAAGGCCCAACCCGACACCUUCAACAUCACCCUUACUCGGCUGAGAUUUUUUUUUUUAAAAGGAAGAUAUUCUCCUCAUCCAGUGCGGCUUACCAUCAAAAUCACGAAGCCGAAGAACUUGCCUCUGAGGAAUCCAUCCCCAGAAGUUUCAACGAUGAACCAGAGGUAAGGAUAGAGAUCACCUGGUCGGGUAAACGUUAGAGAAGAAUGACUAGACAUCAAAGGAAUGGUUUCCUAGCGGCAAAAACAACAAUAUAAAGCCAAGGGGUUUACAAAGUCGUUUGCUCUUUCCAACGAAGGCGGGCUUCUCUUCGGCUACCACCAGUAAUCAGAGCAGCGAAAUCUGAGUUUUGGUGUUUCUGAGGAUGGUGAUGUUAUAAGUUUGACUUGAAGCAUUUUGUAUUUUAUGCUUUCCUAUUUUUCAAUUUCAGUUCUCUAUUUUUGGAAUGGCAGCAACCAUGGUGCAAUCCACCAUUUCAAUAUUGGAGAGCAGGAGCUCCAACAGGUCAUGUAUCACCCCUGCAACUUAUCAUAUAAGGCAAGACUGGAACCUCAAACCAAGUUUGAGUGGAAAAAUUUUGAAGGUUGGGUCAAAACCUGCACCAAUUCUUAGAAAGAGUUUUGAAACGAGAAGACAACAUUGGGGUAUAGCAUUUGCUUUAGACGCAGGUGGAACUCCGGAUGGGGCAGACGAAGACAGCCUCAACAACGACGGUACUGGUCUUGGUCAGACUCGACUGGGCAGGAUUGUGGGUGCAGGUGGCAGACAGUUGUUGCAGAAGUUGAAUGCUGCUAGAAAGAACUUCCCCAUGAAAAUAUUUCUCCUCUUACUCGGUUUCUACACUGCUAAUGCACUUGCGACGAUAUUAGGACAGACAGGUGACUGGGAUGUGUUGGUUGCUGGUGUUAUUGUAGCUGCAAUUGAGGGGAUUGGUAUGCUUAUGUACAGGAAGCCUUCAUCCCUAUCUACAGGGAGAUUACAAUCCUUGAUUACUAUGGUCAACUACUGGAAAGCUGGUGUUUGCUUGGGCCUUUUUGUGGACGCUUUCAAAUUAGGGAGUUAAUGCAGGAUUCUUACUAUAGAUUCUUAA